AUGGAAAGUAAACUAUAAAAUUUUGAGAUCCUCAAAAAAUUAGGUUAGAAAUCAUGGUUGAUGUUAUAGGUUCUGGAGCUUAUUCAUCUGUGUACAAAGUGCAGAGGAAAUCGGAUGGGAAGGUUUAUGCUUUAAAGAAAGUAUUUGGAAUGAUUUAUAGGAAUAGGUGAAAUUGAUGGAUAUUGGGGACAGGGAGAAACAGAAUGCAUUGAAUGAGGUUCGGUUUAUAGCAUCAAUUCACCAUGAGAAUGUAGUUUCGUACAAGGAAUGCUUUAUUGAGGAUAAUAAUUUAUGGUAUUGCAGUUGUAGUAAUAAAGUAUAAUAAUGGAGUAUGCUGAAGGAGGAGAUUUGCUAUAGAAGAUCUAAAGAUAGAUUAAAAAACAGCAGAUGAUUCCAGAGUAAGAGAUAUGGCAAGUUGCAAUAUAGGUGUUAUAAGGUUUGCGAGCAUUGCAUCAUAAAAAAAUAUUGCACCGAGAUUUGAAGUGUGCUAAUAUCUUCUUGUAUGAGAAUGAUCAGGUGAAACUUGGAGACUUUAAUGUAUCCAAGUUGGCUAAGAACGGACUUGUGUAUACCCAAACUGGUACUCCUUAUUACGCAAGUCCUGAGGUUUGGUAAGACAAACCCUAUGAUCAUAAGGCAGAUAUCUGGUCAUUAGGCUGCGUCAUCUAUGAGACAUGUGCCUUGAAACCGUAUUCAUAUUAACAAUCCUAUGAUUAGACCCUUUAGAGCCAAGGACAUGGACGGGUUGUAUAAGUCUGUUCUCAGAGGACAAUAUUAGCCAAUCCCAAUUAUCUACUCUUAAGAAUUAGUUUAAUUGAUCAAGAGUAUGAUGUAAGUGCAUCCUGCUAAUCGUCUUGAUUGUGGUAAUAUUUAGAGCUUACUAUUAUUAAGAUAAGCUACUCCAACUCUCUUUCCUUUAGAAGAAAGCUAAGGAAUUUGGGAUUCGUUUGAUUACAGAUGAGAUCGAGGAUGACUUGUUGAAAACCAUCAAAUGGCCUAUUACUAGAAAGGGGUUGUUAGUGAACAAAUCGGAACUGAUCAAUUUAAAUUGCCAAUUGCCUGGGAGCAAUUAUUUAAAUUAACAUAAUUCCAAUCAUAUUCGGAGGAAUCAACAAUCUAAUAGGAUCAGAUCUUAAGAUACAAAUGAUUCGAUCGCUUUAAACUAGUCCAAUGAAGCUCUGCAGUAAUUGAUGAAAUAAAUCACUCAUUUGGAUAAAAGAGACAUAGAGAAGAGUCCGAAUCUGAAUUAAAAUUUAAAUAAAUCCAUAUCAAAAUAGACAAUCUAAGAAAGUGUAUUGCCAAUUAACCGAAGAUUGCGUGUUUCGAAUUCUACUCACGAAAAACAUGAGAGAUAUGAACCCAUUUAACAACCGUAAAUUAUUAAAUAGAAUCUCUAGUAAAUGUGCUUCUAAGGAUAGACUUGACCAUCAAAUUUAAAUCAAUUAAUAUUAUUAUGGCAAAGAUGUGAUCCAAUCACUUAAUAAAUAGCAUCACUCUUAAAAAUUACCGAUUAUAAAUGGCAGUCAAAGACAGGAUGAAGAAUGUGUUCUAAGGAAGAACUCUUCAAACGAGAGAAAUUCUAGUAGUUACCUGAAAAGAUCCAAGCAUGAAUCUUAAAAGAAAGAUGGGUCUAUGCAACCCAGUGUUGAGAGACCAACGGCCUUAAUGAAAAUCAUUGAGGAACAUCAAUAAUUGCCUAAAAUAAAAAAGAAAUACUGAAGUAUUUAAUUUUCC